GCAUCCCUUAAGCAUGUACUAGUUUUAAAUUUUGUCAUGCCAUAAGUUUUCUCCACACAAUUAUACCAACUUUUCUCCAACAAUGAAUUUAGCUCUCCAUUUAUACUUCUUCAUCCAUCAUGUUUGAAACAGUCUCAUACCAAAGAUCUCAUCAUAACAGCAGCAAUCUCAAGUCACAUACUCUCAGCGUAAUUGCAAAUUUAGCCAAUAUGUCACAGAACAACAAGAAUGUUAAUGGUGCAUCUAACCACUCUUUUCAACCAUCACGGCGCCUUCCUACUCCGGGAAAAGCCACUAUUCUUGCAAUGGGCAAAGCUUUCCCUCCACAACUUGUCCCUCAGGAUUGCUUGGUUGAAGGCUACAUUCGCGAUACCAACUGUCAAGAUUUGGCAAUUAAGGAGAAAUUAGAGCGCCUUUGCAAAACUACUACUGUGAAGACAAGAUACACAGUGAUGUCAAAGGAAAUUUUGGAGAAGUAUCCAGAACUAGCAACUGAAGGCACACCAACAAUCAGGCAAAGGCUAGAAAUUGCGAAUCCAGCAGUUGUUGAAAUGGCAAAACAAGCAAGCCAAGCUUGCAUCAAGGAAUGGGGAAGAUCAACUGAUGAAAUCACUCAUAUUGUUUACGUUUCUUCAAGCGAAAUACGCUUACCAGGAGGUGAUCUUCACCUUGCUACAGAGCUCGGAUUGAGGUGUGACAUUGGACGCGUAAUGCUAUAUUUUUUGGGAUGUUAUGGUGGUGUCACAGGGCUUAGAGUUGCCAAAGAUAUAGCUGAAAACAAUCCAGGAAGCAGAGUUUUGUUGACAACUUCUGAAACUACUAUUCUUGGGUUUAGGCCACCAAAUAAUGCUAGGCCAUAUGAUCUUGUUGGUGCUGCACUUUUCGGGGACGGAGCUGCUGCUGCUAUAAUUGGAACUGAGCCAAUUGUGGGAAAAGAAUCCCCUUUCAUGGAGCUGAAUUUUGCAACUCAGCAAUUCUUGCCAGGGACAAAGAACGUGAUCGAUGGGCGACUUACUGAAGAAGGGAUAAACUUCAAGUUAGGGAGGGACCUUCCUGAGAAAAUUCAGGACAACAUUGAGGAAUUCUGCAAGAAAUUGAUAGCAAAAAAAGGUGAUCAAAAAGGGGAAACUAAGUACAAUGACUUGUUUUGGGCUGUACAUCCGGGCGGACCGGCUAUACUUAACAGAUUGGAGAACACACUGAAGUUACAAAGUGAUAAAUUGGAUUGUAGCAGAAGGGCAUUGAUGGAUUUUGGGAAUGUGAGUAGCAAUACUAUAUUCUAUGUGAUGGAGUAUAUGAGGGAAGAGUUGAAGAAUAAGAAACAUGGUGGUGAAGAAUGGGGACUUGCUUUAGCAUUUGGUCCUGGAAUUACCUUUGAAGGCAUCCUCCUUAGGAGUCUCUAAGACUAUAAUAUCAUGUUAUGACUUAAUAAGUUUGUUUAACUUUUAAGAUAUUAGGUUGUUCAUUUUCUUUGUAUUGUCUUUAGACAGAACAAAGAUGUUUCACUUUUUAUUUUUAUUUUUAUUUCUAUAUGAAGCUGAAAUAAGAAAGACAUGAGUUCAUAACUCAUGCAAUUUUUAAGUUGUUGGAACUAUGGAAGAAUGUCACGUGACAAAUGAAAGAAAACUAAUGGAGAAAGUUUGUUAAAUUUGUCCA